AUGUUUCGCAAUCAAUAUGACAAUGACGUUUCCACAUGGUCGCCACAAGGCCGUAUCCAUCAGCUAGAAUAUGCGCUUGAAGCUGUCAAACAGGGAUCAGCAGCCGUUGGUCUUCGUAGCAAGGAUUACGCUGUCCUUCUUGUGCUCAAGCGCUCAUCCGGCGAACUUGCAUCAUACCAGAAGAAGUUAAUCAAGGUCGACGAUCAUAUGGGAAUUGCCAUUGCCGGGUUGACGUCCGACGCUCGUGAUAUAAGCAAUUUCAUGAGAACAGAGGCUAUGAGAUCAAAAAUGCUGUUUGAUCAACCUCUUCCAGUUGGCCGAAUUGUUUCAGCGAUAGGUGAAAAGGCACAGAAGAGAACUGUCAUGUAUGGUGAAAGACCGUUUGGAGUUGGACUUCUUGUUAUUGGAUAUGAUGAAACUGGUCCUCAUCUCUACGAAUGCUCACCAUCAGGGAAUAAUCUUGAAUACUAUGCCAUGUCAAUUGGAGCACGAUCGCAAUCCGCAAAAACAUAUCUUGAAAGCAAAUACUCCGAGUUUAACGAUGCAUCGCUAGAGGAUCUUGUGAAGCACGGACUGCAAGCUUUGCGCGACACAUUGCAACAAGACAGCAUUGUUGGUGUGGACAGAGAAUUUGAAAUCAUUGAAGGAGAGGAUUUGAAGCGAUACCUCGAUCUGAUCGGUGAUACCGGAAGACCAAGACGCGGACAAGGCACUGCAACCUCGGCUGCUGAUGCACAUUUGACUGAAGAUAUCGCACCCAUGGAUACCGAUUCCGUGUAA